AUGCCCUUCCCUGCAACAUCCUCCUCUGGCACUCUGCUGCACCCGGGGUUGGGCCGUGGCAGCUAUGCCCCGGGGCCACCCCUGCACCUGGGCUCCCUGGGGCACCCGCAGCCUGAGGAGGACGAUGAGGAGGAGGAAGAUGAGGAUGAGAUGGAUGACUUGUCUCAGGGCUACGCCAGUUCGGAACGGGAUUUCUCCCUGCUUGAUGACCCCAUGAUGCCAGCCAACUCGGACUCCAGUGACGGUGCUAACGAAGGGAGAGGAGGGGGGGUUGCGCUGGCGCGGUGUCUGCAGGGCGCCACGGGGAGGGGAGACGUGUCAACUUGCCUCCCUGGCUUCCCCCAGACAUGGCUCUUCGGCUACGAACUCACUGACACCAUCAUGGUUUUCUGCGAGGACAAGAUCCUGUUCAUGGCCAGCAAGAAGAAAGUGGAGUUCCUGAAGCAGAUCGCCAACAGCAAGGGCAGCGAGAACGCCAAUGGUGUGCCGGCCAUCACGCUGCUUGUGCGGGAAAAGAAUGAGAGCAACAAGGGGAACUUUGAGAAGAUGAUCGAGGCACUGAAGGGCAGCAAGAAUGGGAAGCGUAUCGGGGUCUUCAGCAAGGACAAGUUCCCUGGGGAGUUCAUGAAGAGCUGGAACGACUGCCUCAGCAAGGAGGGCUUUGAGAAGGUAGACAUCAGUGCGGUCGUGGCCUACACCAUCGCAGUGAAGGAGGACGGGGAGCUGAACCUGAUGCGCAAAGCGGCUGCCAUCACCUCUGAGGUCUUCAACAAAUUCUUCAAGGAGCGGGUCAUGGAGAUUGUUGACGCCGACGAGAAAGUGCGGCACAGCAAGCUGGCGGAGUCAGUGGAGAAGGCCAUUGAGGAGAAGAAAUAUCUGUCUGGGGCCGACCCCUCCACGGUGGAGAUGUGCUACCCCCCCAUCAUCCAGAGUGGGGGCAACUACAACCUCAAGUUCAGUGUGGUCAGUGACAAGAACCACAUGCACUUCGGGGCCAUCACCUGCGCCAUGGGCAUCCGCUACAAGUCCUACUGCUCCAACCUGGUGCGCACGCUCAUGGUGGACCCGCCCCAGGAGGUGCAGGAGAACUACACCUUCCUGCUGCAGCUGCAGGAGGAGCUGCUCAAGGAGCUGCGGCACGGCGUGAAGCUGUGUGAGGUCUAUGCCGCUGUCAUGGACGUGGUGAAGAAGCAGAAGCCGGAGCUGCUGAACAAGAUCACCAAGAACCUGGGGUUUGCCAUGGGCAUCGAAUUCAGGGAGGGCUCCCUCGUCAUCAACAGCAAGAACCAGCAUCGCCUCAAGAAAGGGAUGGUCUUCAGCAUCAACGUGGGCUUCUCAGACCUCACCAACAAGGAGGGGAAGAAACCAGAGGAGCGGACGUAUGCGUUGUUCAUUGGGGACACCGUGCUUGUAGAUGAGGACGGCCCAGCCACCAUCCUCACUUCGGUGAAGAAGAAGGUGAAAAACGUUGGCAUUUUCCUCAAGAACGAAGACGAGGAGGAGGAAGAGGAGGAGAAGAACGAGGCUGAGGACCUGCUGGGGCGCAGCUCGCGGGCGGCAGCGCUGCUGACAGAGCGGACGCGGGUACGGUGCUCCUGGGCAGGGCUGGCUGGGGGUGUCUCAGUGGGACAGUGUUCUGGGGGCUGGGCUGUUUCACCUUCCCCCACUGUGUCCAGGGCCCGCAAAUCGAACGUCUCCUACAAGAAUCCGGCGCUGAUGCCCAAGGAGCCGCACAUCCGGGAGAUGAAAAUCUACAUUGACAAGAAAUACGAGACCGUCAUCAUGCCAGUCUUCGGCAUCGCCACGCCCUUCCACAUCGCCACCAUCAAGAACAUCAGCAUGUCAGUGGAGGGUGACUACACCUACUUGCGCAUCAAUUUCUACUGCCCAGGCAGCGCCCUCGGGCGCAACGAGGGCAACAUCUUCCCCAACCCCGAGGCCACCUUCGUCAAGGAGAUUACGUACCGUGCCUCCAACAUGAAGACGCCAGGCGAGCAGACCGUGCCAGCCCUCAACCUGCAGAACGCCUUCCGCAUCAUCAAGGAGGUGCAGAAACGCUACAAGACCCGGGAGGCAGAGGAGAAGGAGAAGGAGGGCAUCGUCAAGCAAGACUCACUCAUCAUCAACCUGAACCGCAGCAACCCCAAGCUCAAGGACCUCUACAUCCGGCCCAACAUUGUGUCCGGUUUCCGCUUCACCUCUGUGCGGGGAGACAAGGUCGACAUUCUGUACAACAACAUCAAGCAUGCCCUCUUCCAGCCCUGCGACGGGGAGAUGAUCAUUGUGCUCCAUUUCCACCUCAAGAACGCCAUCAUGUUUGGGAAGAAGCGGCACACGGAUGUGCAGUUCUACACCGAGGUGGGCGAAAUCACCACCGACCUGGGCAAGCACCAGCACAUGCACGACCGGGACGACCUCUACGCUGAGCAGAUGGAGCGUGAGAUGAGGCACAAGCUGAAAACAGCCUUUAAGAAUUUCAUCGAGAAGGUGGAGGCUCUGACCAAGGAGGAGCUGGAGUUUGAGGUGCCCUUCCGGGACCUGGGGUUCAAUGGCGCCCCCUACAGAAGCACCUGCCUGCUCCAGCCGACCAGCAGCGCCCUGGUGAAUUGCACCGAGUGGCCCCCGUUCGUGGUGACGCUGGACGAGGUGGAGCUGAUCCACUUUGAGCGAGUCCAGUUCCACCUCAAGAACUUCGACAUGGUCAUUGUGUACAAGGACUACAGCCGGAAAGUGACCAUGAUCAACGCCAUCCCCGUGGCCUCCCUCGACCCCAUCAAGGAGUGGCUCAACUCUUGUGACCUGAAGUACACUGAGGGGGUACAGUCCCUCAACUGGACCAAAAUCAUGAAGACGAUCGUGGAUGAUCCUGAGGGCUUCUUUGAGCAGGGAGGCUGGUCGUUCCUGGAGCCCGAGGGAGAGGGCAGCGACGCCGAGGUCGGGGAGUCCGAGUCGGAGAUUGAGGAUGAGACGUUUAACCCCUCGGAGGAUGAGUACGAGGAGGAGGAGGAGGACAGCGAUGAAGAUUACUCCUCUGAGGCCGAGGAAUCCGAUUACUCCAAGGAGUCCAUGGGCAGCGAGGAGGAGAGUGGAAAGGACUGGGACGAGCUGGAGGAGGAGGCCAGGAAGGCGGACCGGGAGAGCCGCUACGAGGAAGAGGAGGAGCAGAGCCGCAGCCUGAGCAGAAAGAGGAAAGGCCCAGCCCACAGCUCCGGCCGCCGCAGUUCCCACAGUCGCAGCCCGGGCCGCAGCUCAGGCCCCCCCAAGAAGAAGAGGAAGUAGGCAGUGAACGCUGACCCUCCCCAGUGGCCAAUCCUGGGGCACCAGACCUUGCUGAACAGCCAAUCCCAGGGUGGGGAGCACCAGCCCCUCCCCCCUCCCCCCCACAAACAUUUGUCUUUCCCUGUUUCAGUUCCCUCAUUUUGUUUCUUGAGUUUUUCUGGCCAUUUGUACGGACCAAUCAGCUGUGAGAAUUCCAGGCCCCACCUGCCUGUAACCAUGGACACGAGAUCUGCCAAUGAAGAGGCCUCUGGGAGUAAGGACGCUGGUGUCGGUGACGUGCUCCCCCCACCCCAAGCUGGCUCCUCUGCCCCCUUCUUCCCCCACCUCUGCCCAGUGUCGCCCAGACGCAGGCUGCUGCUCUCUCCUCCAGGGAGCCUCCAGCACCAGAAGUGCCCCGUCCUUCAGGGGGCCGCUAAGCAAGACAGGCUGGGCCCAUCCCUGCAGCUGCCUUCCUGUGGUGGGAGCGGCCCAGCCCUCAAGGAGCAUGGCGAAUGGGGAUGUGGCUGCUUUGUUUUUUACUCGCCUGGCUCUUUCCCGUAUUUAUCUGUCCCCUUGGUUGCCAAGUCAAGCCUGUGGCAGGAGAUGCUUUAGUUUGGGGGAGUUUUAUUGUCAUCUCCCCUGGGCCCCCAUCACCUGCGCCUGCUGGGGAGGGAAGCCCUGGGCGGAGGCAGGGGGGAGAUGGGGGCAGGGAGGACUUUUUUUUUUUUUCAUAGCCGGUAGCUCUUGGAUUUUCGACUUUGGAAAAUUGAAACAAUAAAAUGGUUUUUUGUAAGUUCA